AAGGGGGGGGGGCACUCUGCGUCUCCGAGAGGUUUCGCUGUUUCAGCGCCGUGACUACUUCUUGACAGGAGGCUCUCAAUAGAUCUACGUCGUACACCUAUCCGGUGAAGCGAAUUAUGGCUUAACAUUGCCAUUUCAUGGAUAAUAUCAUAUCGGCCUAUUUGAGUAGGAAAAACGCUGACAAGAGCAUCGCCAUAUGUCGCUACUUCGAGGUCAUGUUAGCCAAAGUUGAAUAAGUGUGAUUGCUACAUGGUUAUAGCAAGGAGGUUAGCUUCAGUUAUUUAAUUGUAGCGGUUGUAAAUUGUCCUGAAUAUAUAUUUUUUUCUUGAGCUGAUAGUCUUCAGUCAGUCUUUAAUGACCAAGUAUAAUGUUGUAGCUUGUUUAACUCAGUAACGUUAGGUCCUGUUGAAAACAGAAUCUGUUUCACUCACACUGGGUAUAUACAGCUAGCUAGCCGGCUAGUAAGCUAAUCUUCCAUUACGUCCUCAUCUGACGUUAACGUUAGUGGGAAAUUAACCUAGGCAUUAACGUUAACCAACCACAUUUCUAACUGACACUAAACUGGCUAACUGACCUUUCAGUUUGUCUUCGCAUAUUUAACCCCAUAGUGGCGUUGUAAAAGGCUACAACCUCCAGAACAGGUAGCUAGUCCUCUAGCUAGCUCACUACAUGUCAAUUCGUUAAGGAUCUGUUGAUGUGUACACUAUUGGCUAGCUGUCUAGCUAACUUACGGGUGUAGCCGUAAAACUGGACAAAACGUUGGAUUUAGUAGGAUUUAAAGCGGGCUCAGCCGGAGCGCUGACACCCCAAAAGAAAAUGAAGAAGAGGAAGGAGCUCAAUGCUCUUAUUGGACUGAGUGGGGACAGCAAGAGGAAGAAGACAAAGAAAGGAUCCGGUCAUAGACUUCUGAGAACCGAGCCUCCAGAUUCGGAAUCCGAAACAAGUUCAGAUGAUGAUGACUUCAACAACCUCAGCGGUCUGAGUGCCUUUGGAAAAAGAAGUUACGCACAGUGUUGCAACGUCUGCUACCCGCUGUGCGUGUUUAUUAUCCUGGCUGCUUGCGUGAUUGCCUGUGCUGGAUUGAUAUGGAUGCAGAUAGCCCUGAAAGACGAUCUGGACAACUUGAAGGAGAAGAUUCAUACAAUGGAUUCCAGUCAAAAAAUGUCAUCUCACGAAAUUCCAAAGUUGAGUGAAGAUUUGAAGUCCAAACAGAAGAAGCUUGAGGAUCUGCAGAGUGGUGACAAGGGCUUGGAUAAACUGUGGUCCAAUCUCACAGAGAUCUACAAAAAGAUAAGUAUGCUGGACUCUGCCGUCAACCACCUGAAAGCAAACAUCAAGUCUGCAGCAGAUUUGAUUAGUCUUCCAACCACAGUUGAAGAGUUGCAAAAGAGUGUUGCAACGAUUGGGAGCACACUGACAAGCGUGCAGCAUGAUGUCAAAACGAUACAGACCAUUGUAGAGGACCAGAGGAAAGAAGUGGACAAUCAAAAGAAACUAAUGAAUGGCAGUGAUGGAAAAUCCAGUGCCAAACAGGAUUCCCUUUCAGAAAAAGGAGUAAACAGCAGCUUGUGUGGUGCUUUGAAACAGGAGAUGGUGUACCUCCAGCAGUGUUUCGGUGAAUUAAACGUCACUCAAACACUUCACCAGUCUUGGGCUGCCAAUAGGAUACACGGUCUGCAAUCCACUUUCUCAAAUCUGACCGGAAGAGUGUCUUCCCUGGAGUCGCAGUCGCCUUUCAUGCAAGUGAAGGCAGAUGAGUCCCUGGUGACAACGGACCAGGGUGGAACUAUUGAAGAUGACCAGAUGACCACAGCUGGUGGUGGCAGCAUCAGGGAUUUAGAACCACCCACUUCUGGAACCUCUGGCCCCUCUCAAUCAAACUCAAAGCCAAAGCCAACCAGGCGACCAAGAUUUCUCCGUCAAAAACGUUCUGAGAGAGGGGAGAAAAGCACUCUUCCAGGUAUAUUUUCUGUUGAAGGCCUCGAGACCUUCUUCCAGCACGUGGGCUUGAACCAUGACUCUCCCGGGGUGUCCUACAGGGACCUGCAGGAGUUCUUUGGUGCAGACACGCCAGCAACCCAUCUUCUCAAACCCUACGAUUUGAACGGGGACCACAGGUACUCUCUGGCUGAGCUGCGGGCCGCGGCAGCACUGUGAGGAAUGCCUUCCAAAGGAAGGAGUGGAGUGGGUGAGGGGUUUAAGUCAUGUCACUUGAUGCCUCACGUGAUUUUGCUGCAUUUUCCCCCUUUGUUUUUAUGAGUAUUGAAGUUGUUGACGUCUGGACCAUGGCACUCACUCAUCACACAGACACUCCUCGGCUGUAAGCCACGUGGAUCCCAUGGUCAACUUUUAUGGUUGAUGUGUUAAAAUUUUACUAUUUCAGAUAAGUUUACAAUGUCAGUUUUUACAACAAUAAAGGUGUUUUUUUUUUUUUUUUUUUUGUUGUCAAAAAUCUAAUAUUUUAUUUUAGACUUGCAAUGAAGUAAUUCUGAAGAUAUGAUGACGGUUUCCCAAUACUCCUAUGCACCUGGAAGAUACAUGAUCCAUGGAAUGUUGGGGAAUCGCUCUUCAUUUUUUACCUUAGAAAUAGACCAUUGAUGUAAGUACACAUACAUUUUCAAUUUUUGACAACAAAAACUAAAUACUGCACCUUUUUAAUGAAGGCAUAUUUUAUUUUAUGUUUUGGAAGUGUUUAAUUGUGUCUUAGUCAAAAUAAUUAUUUUCUUAAAUGCCAGUUAUUUCUUACACAAUUCACAUAACAGAUGGUAAACAUAUUUCCAGUCCAUCUUGUUUUCAUAUCACCAUACCAGACAGAAACAGAUCCAGACUUCCUUAAUUUAAUUUAGUCUUUUCAUUUGUAAACUCUGAAAACUACUGCUGUUUCUGAGAUGCUAAGGGCUAGAGGCACAAGUAUUUUCUUUGUUACUAGUUCAAGCUAAAAUUAAGUUAAUAAUAGGGGUGUGCAUACUGACUAUAUUUGAGUGUCCAACAGUGUCAACUAUUAUUUGCAAUUUUUCACUUCCCAUGAUCCUGUGCAUGUACAUAAUAUCUCAAUAGGGAUAUCAAUAUUCAAAUAGUUACGCUGUAAAUGGUUGUCUGGAUAUUUUAUUAUCUGUGCACACCCCUAAUAUAUAAACUUUUAAACUAUUUCCGUUAAGUUUCUGAUUAAAAUGAAAAUAUUCUGUCCAUUUCCCAAUUACAUUUUCUUACGGUAGUAUGAUCAUUUGCUGGAAUGAGUUUAUAACAGGUAGUGAGACAAACACUGAUCACAAUGUAUCCGAUUCUCAGUCAUUCUAUUGUGCACACAUGAGAAUGUGAUUGUAUUACACUUGAUCAUGCCAUUCACCUCGCCACAUCUUUCUGAAUGUGUAAAUAUGGUAGAAUUUAUGUACAAACAAAACUUGUUGUGGGGUAAUUUCUCCGUGGGUGGGAGGGAAGGGGAUACAGUUAUGUAUAAAAUACUAUAAACAUUGUAAAUUGUAACAAAUUAUCCUAAGCUUUGCAUGUUGCGUAUAAUGUAACAUGAAUAAAUGGCUACUUUAUAAUAAAGCACUUUGGAAUUAUCA